GAAGAGGAGGAGGAGGCGGAGCCGUGGCCGAGGUGGUGCUGCCGGCGGCCCAUGGCGGCGUGUGGCCCGGCCGGGCUGCUGCCCUUCCUGCGGCUGCUGGGGCAGCUCAAGAGAGUACCGCGGACAGGAUGGGUGUACAGGAACGUGGCAAACCCAGAGAGCGUCUCCGACCAUAUGUACAGGAUGGCAAUGAUGGCUUUGGUGACUGAAGAUAAAAGCCUUAACAAGGACAGAUGCAUACGAUUGGCUUUGGUUCAUGAUAUGGCUGAAUGCAUUGUUGGAGAUAUUGCUCCUGCAGAUAAUAUCUCAAAAGAGGAGAAACACAGGAGGGAAGAGGCAGCGAUGCAGCAACUGACCCAGCUUUUAUCAGAGGACGUCAGAAAAGAAGUCUAUGAACUCUGGGAAGAAUAUGAAAACCAGUCUACUGCAGAAGCCAAGUUUGUAAAGCAGUUGGAUCAGUGUGAGAUGAUACUGCAAGCAUUUGAAUAUGAAGAGUUGGAAAACACACCUGGCAGACUACAGGAUUUUUAUGAUUCAACUGCUGGAAAGUUUGUUCACCCAGAAAUACUCCAACUUGUAUCUCUGAUUAACAGAGAAAGGAACAAAAAAAUAGAUGCUACAUCUCAUCCACAUUCCUGAGGUGUUCCUAAAUGCUGUAGCUAUAAUAAAUACUUCGUUUUA